AUGCUGUUGGAAGAAAUCGGGGCAGCUAAGGAACGCGUGAACGUCGGCGAUCGGGUGCAAGUUUGGGUCAGCGAGGUCCGCCACAAGAGCAGCAAAAGGGAUCGUCCGACACUGAUCCUGGCGAUGGACAAGAACAAGAUCUACAGCCUUUGGAAUUCUGGGCCGGUAGCCAACUUGGAAGAUUUCCAAAACCUCGAUGACCAGGAAUGGUACACAGGCACGCUCACCCACAAGCUGCAGGCCGGAUGGUUCGUGAGUGUUCCCUCCCCACUGGCAACUGUGGAGAAACUGAGCCGCCACGGCCUGGUCUACCUUCCAGAAUGCAAGGGUGAUGCUGAGAUCGGCUCGUCUGUGAAGGUUCGAGUUCUGGGUGUGGACUUGGAGAAGGGCCACCUCCACCUGUCAAUGCGGACCUCGCCGCCGCUGAGGGGAACCGAGGCGAAGUUGGCGCUGUACCGAGACCUCACGGACCAUUGGCUGGAAGGUCGGGUCAAGAGCUUUGGGACCGGCGGAGCCUACGGAGCCUCUGUUGAGGUUCGACACCCAGCUGCCGGAACGUUGGUUGGCAUUUUGCCGAAGGCGCAGAUAGAUCCAACGAAGCAGCUGGUCGUGGAUGGGAAGAUCCAGGUGCGAAUCUGGGAUGUUACGGACGAGCGCCUCUUCCUCUCCAUGCAAGAGAAAGUGAAGGAAAUGCCGAAGGAGUUCCUGGCCUUGGUGGAGGACGAGCUCGGGAGCGCUUCAGCCGUGGAGAUGCUGGAGGAAGGUCAGAAAGUCGAGGUUCGCGUGAAAGACGCUGGCAAGGAUGGUCUCGAGCUUGCCCUGUGCACAUGA